AUGAACGAGCUGAAAACGCCGGUAAAACUCCUCCACAAGUCGUCUUUCAGCAUCAGCAGUCUGUUAUUUCAACGCGAGAUGCUGAUGAAUGAGCGCGGUCCCCUCAUGGAUACGUCGCGCUCUAGAGAUAUCAAGACUCUGUCCCGAGAACAGUUUUUCACGGAUCAAAAACCCCGAUGUGCACUUAUUCGAGAUGGGAAAUAUACUUUCAAGGAUGACAAGAAAAACUGUAAGGCACGCUGCAGCUCAGUGCGUGACGAUAAAUUGUUACCCAGUGAUAAGAGGAAAAAGGGGUUGAAUAAAUCGGUUGACAGAGUUGAGGUAAAAACAGAAAGAGAAGGAGACAGAGGAAAGAAUGGUAAACCUGAGAAACCCCCUUUCAGCUAUAAUGCUUUGAUCAUGAUGGCUAUUCGGCAAAGCCCGGGAAGACGGCUUACACUCAACGGCAUUUAUGAAUUUAUCAUGGACAAUUUCCCGUACUACAGGGACAAUAGGCAAGGUUGGCAAAACUCCAUUCGGCACAACCUGAGCCUAAACAAGUGCUUCGUAAAAGUGCCGCGCCACUAUGAUGACCCGGGAAAAGGCAACUACUGGAUGCUGGACCCAUCCAGUGAGGACGUAUUCAUCGGUGGCACGACGGGGAAGCUCCGACGGCGCUCAACGGCAGCGGCCAAAGCCAAACUGGCCAUGAAGAGAGGACCUCGAAUGGCGUCCGCCUCUGCUGCAGGUCUGGCAUUCACGGGAUCCUUUUACUGGCCAGUGCCUCCUCUCCUGGCCCUACAACACUCUACACACUCACACCCGUGUUCGACGUCUUUUCUAGGGUCUUCUCAGAGCAAUUACGCAACCUCGUUGCUCUCUCACAGCUCGCACUUAACUUCGGCUGUGCCCCCCAGUUCAGACAGACAGCUGCCCGCCAACCAAGAGAACACUUGCUUUGGAAUAGGGGGAGAACAACACCGACAUCAGAUGACUGCAACUACUUCCUUUGCGUCUUCUUCCUUGCCUUGUUCGUUGCCUCUGCCAUGCUCUUUUAACCUGCUCUCUGGUCAAACCAGUUACUUUUAUUCACAUCAGGUUCCAAACCUGGCCGAUUUUACGUCUUGGUCUCAAGAUGACCACUCACAACCUAAACCAUCACCAGUCGGGCCUUUUCUGUCUGGAAGGAAUUCCUCUGAUUAUAUAAGUGGCUUUUGCUCAGAGCUUCCCAACUAUUUUUCUCCUUUCAGCUCCUCUCUCAACAUGCAGUAAAAUGCACCUAAUACACUUUAU